AUGCAGGCCAUGGAGCCGGCCGCGGCGGAUUUCUACGAAGUGGACGGCAAGGAUCUGGACUUCUACGACUUCGAGCCGCUCCCCACGCUGCCGGAGGACGAGGAGAACGUGUCCCUGGCCGACAUCCUGUCCCUGCGGGACAGCGGCCUCAGCGAGCAGGAGGCCUGGGCCGUGUGCCUGGAGUGCAGCCUGUCCAUGAGGAGCGUCGCGCACUCGGCCAUCUUCCAGACGCUCUGCAUCACGCCCGACACCCUGGCCUUCAACACCAACGGCAACGUGUGCUUCAUGGAGCAGCUCAGCGAUGACCCCGAGGGGGCCUUUGUGCCCCCAGAGUUCGAUGUGACUGGGAACACCUUUGAGGCGCACAUCUACUCCCUGGGGGCCACGCUGAAGGCUGCCCUCGAGUACGUGGCGGAGCCGGAGCCGGAGCCCAGGCUGAGCCGAGACCUGGAGGCGCUGCUGGACCGGAUGCAGGCAGAGGACCCUGGAGACCGGCCGGAUCUUGAGAGCAUCAUCGCGCUGUGCGAGGAGAAGACGCAGCUCACGUCCUCCUGCCGCCUGUGCCGCAACCUCUCGGCUGUCGGGAGGAGGGUGCUCUCCCUCGAGUCCUUCGGAACCUUCCAAGAUGUCAGCGAGAGCGCCUGGAGGGGGAGACUUGCUCCGAGAAGUGUGGGGCCCAAGAGGCAGCCUGGGGACCAUGGCGCUGACCCGGAGGCCCCUCAGGGCCGGCCCCAGACCCCUGCCUGCGACCCCAGGACCCUCUCCUCCAAGCUCCUGCUGUCACCCCCCGCGAAAAACGGAGAGAGCCGCAUCGGGGAGGGGCUGGCCAACCUGGUCCUGGACGCCCCGCGCCCUGCAGAGAGGGGCCGCCUGAGGAAGGUGCAGACCGUCCCCAGGCUCCUGCCCGAGGGCCCCGAGGCCGGCACCCUCUGCCUGCCGCCGGCCAGUGUGACCAACCAGCUGCCCACAUCGGAGUUCUCCCCUUCAGACCCCAGGAAGGCCUUUCCCGAGCGGAAGAGCGGCCCUCCCAGCCUCAAAGGCCCGCCCAAGGCGAAACCGCGGCCGGAGCAGGAGCCUGGGCUCCAGGGGGAAGGGGCUCAGGGUGUGGGUCCCAGUGGGGGCGGGGUGGCUGGGGGGCCUGGCCAGGGCCCUGUGGAGGAAUGCCACCUGCCCUGUUCUGAGGACCCUCCAGAGGCAGGUGGAGACUCGGGGAUGCUGGGGGCCGACCAGCAGGUUCCAGAAGGAGCUGGAGAGCCGGGAAGCGCAGCCUCGGACCAGGGCGUCUCCCUGCAGGACCUCCUGUCCAAGCUGGGCCGGCCCUUCAGGGAGUACGAGUUGUGGGCUCUGUCCCACGCCUGCCUCAGCGCCGUAGGCACCCACGCCCGGCUCCCAGCCUACCUGUGUCCGGACUCCGUGCUGGUGGCCGAGGAUGGGGCCGUGCUCUUCGGGCCGCCCCCUGCCAACGGCACAUCCAACUCAUUCUUCCUGGCCCCUGAGGUGGCGGAGCAGCAGCUGGUGACUGAAAAGGCCUCGGUGUACUGUGUGGCCGCAGUGCUGUGGAUGGCGGCUAAGUUCAGCGUCCCCCAAGACCACAAGCUGGCCCUGCCCCGCAGGCUCAAGACCCUCCUCCUGGAGAUGGCCAGGCGCAGCGCCCAGGAGCGGCCAUCUGUGGCCGAGGCCGUCAAGGUGUGUGGCAGUUACCUCCUCCAGCGAGGCAUGGACAGCAGGAAGAUCUUAGCCCACCUGCGGGCAUCCACCUGUCAGGUUUACCAGGAGGAAGAGAUCAUCAGCCUUCAAAAUAUGUUCUCGGUAGUUGACCUGACCCCCAGCGCAGCGCCAGCUCCCGGGUCCAGCUCAGGCUUCGUGCAGGUCAGCGGUGAUACCGGACUCAUGGCUGUGCAGGGGCCUGUGCCUGACCCGCCCUCCUGCAGCGAGGGGCCCGUGGAGCUGCCCGAAGCGCCCACCACCCCAGCCACGCCCUCCAUGCCCACCGGCCUCGCACCAGACGCAGGUGCGGCCAGGGAGGUCCUCGCCAGGGCCUCGGGGCCGGCAGAGAGGCCAGAGGAGAGGGAAGGCGGGCUGGACGCGGAUGUUGAUGAGAAGAAGGCUUCCGAGGCCCACGCAGUGGCCGCCAGCCUGGAGACACCUGACCAGAGGGCGCCUGGUCCCCGGUCGAGCGGCACAGCCCCGGGACCCCCAAGAGAGUCGGCGCCGAGAGGGUCAGCCCAGGGGUGCCCCUGCCCCCCAGGUCCCAGCUCCUCGGUGAUGCCCCAGGUCCCACCUGCAGCCUCCUCCAGAGGCCAGGGGCCCCGCACCCCGGAGGCCCCCGCAGCUCGCCAGGGCCCGCCUCACCCGGCCAAGCCGCCCCGGAGCAAGGCCAUCAAGGGCCCCAGCCAGGAGCCCCAGGGCCCACCCCCAGCCUCCUGCAGCCCCGCCCUGUCCAAGGCGAGCCCAGACGGCCCCCGGGACGUGGCGGACAGUCACCCCGAGCAGCCCCGGCCGGCAGACCGCAAGCUGGGUCCGCCCGGUGUGGACGCCACGCCCGUCCCCAAGAGCAAGGCCUGCCCGUCCCUGCAGGAGGCCACGCGCCUCAUCCAGGAGGAGUUCGCCUUCGACGGCUACCUGGACAACGGGCUGGAGGCACUGAUCAUGGGGGAGUAUAUUUACGCCCUGAAAGAUCUCACCUACGCCACGUUCUGCGGGGCCAUAUCCGAGAAGUUCUGCGACCUGUACUGGGGCGAGAAGCUGCUGCAGAGCCUCUUCCAGGUGGUGAACGAGCGGACAUCGCCCCCCAGGAACACCUCGGAUGCGGCUGGGCCACAGCCCGAGGGCAGCCAUGCCAGCGCACGAAGCGGCUGCUCACCGUCCAGCAAACGGCCCUUGCUGCGCGGAGCAGGGAAGGACACGCCGGCCGCUCACAGCAGCAGAGCCCCCUGCCUACCCCCCGCACUGUCCGACACGGACUCCGAUGAGCUGUCCCGGGGCAACUUGGAGGUGGGAUUUCGGCCUCAGAGGUCUGUGAAAGCCGAGAAGGACCAGGCCAGAGGGACCCCGGACGUGGAGGCCGCGGCCCAGCUGGCCAGGCCCAAGGAGGGUGGCCCCGCUGUGAACCCAGGGCCGGCCGAGUUCCAGAGCUGCAGCCCCGGCUGGAGCAGCGCCUUCUACGAGGCCGACUGCUUUGGCACCGACGUCCACAACUACGUGAAGGAGCUGGAGGGGCAGAAGGCCGGCGGGGCCCCCAACACCUCAAGCCCCGAGCUGGAGCAGCAGCUCAUGAUGGAGAAGAGAACCUACCGGAAGACCCUCAAGUUCUACCAGAAGCUCCUACAGAAGGAGAAGCGGAGUAAAGGCUCCGAGGUGAAGACGAUGCUGUCCAAGCUGAAGGGGCAGCUGGAAGAGAUGAAGUCCAAGGUGCAGUUCCUCGGGCUGGUCAAGAAGUACCUACAGGUGGUGUACGCGGAGCGCUGGGGCCUGGAGCCCUGUGCCCUGCCCGUGAUUGUGAACAUCUCCUCGGCCCCCAGCGACACGCUGGACUUCAGCCCGCUGGACGAGUCCUCGUCCCUCAUCUUCUACAACGUCAGCAAGCACCCGCGCGGCGGCCGGCAGCGCAAGGCCCGCGUCCUGCAGGCCGGCACGCCGCUGGGGCUCAUGGCCUACCUCUACUCCAGCGACGCCUUCCUGGAGGGCUACGUGCAGCAGUUCCUGUACACCUUCCGCUACUUCUGCACGCCCCAGGACUUCCUGCACUUCCUCCUGGACCGCCUCAGCAGCACCCUAUCCAGGGCCCAUGAGGACCCCACCUCGACCUUCACCAAGAUCUACAAGCGCAGCCUCUGCCUGCUGCAGGCCUGGGUGGAAGACUGCUACGCGGUGGACUUCACCAGGAACGCCGGGCUGCUGGGGCGGCUGGAGGACUUCCUCUCCUCCGAGGUCCUGCCCCUGGACAGCUCCGUGGAGCACCUGCUGGGCCUCCUGGAGGUGGGCACAGAGCGGCGGGCCGAGGGCGCCCCGCACAGCACAGACCCCGAGGCCCCCAAGGAGACGGAGGAGGCCACCAGGUCCCUCAACGCCCUCUGCAAGAGGCUCUCGGAAGACAGCAUCUCCCGCAAGAGCUUCCCCUGGAGGCUGCCCCGGGGCAACGGGCUGGCACUGCCACACCACAAGGAGCGCCAGUACACCAUUGCGUCCGCCCUGCCCAAGCCCUGCUUCUUCGAGGACUUCUGCAGCCCCUACGCCAAGGCUGGCGAGAAGGGGCCCUACUUCCUGACCGAGUACAGCACCCACCAGCUCUUCACCCAGCUGACGCUGCUGCAGCAGGACUUGUUUCAAAGGUGCCAUCCCGUCCACUUCUUAAACUCACGGGCCCUGGGCGUCAUGGACAAAAGUGCCGCCAUCCCGAAGGCCAGCUCCUCGGAGUCUCUGUCCGCCAAAACCUGCAGCCUGUUUCUGCCCAAUUACGUCCAGGACAAGUACCUGCUUCAGCUUUUGAGAAGCGCAGAUGACGUCAGCAACUGGGUGGCCGCGGAGAUCGUGACCAGCCACACCUCCAAGUUGCAGGUCAACCUGCUGUCCAAGUUUCUGCUGAUUGCAAAAUCGUGCUACGAGCAGAGGAACUUCGCGACCGCCAUGCAGAUCCUGGGCGGCCUGGAGCACCUUGCCGUGAGGCAGUGCCCGGCCUGGAGAAUCCUGCCUGCGAAGAUAGCAGAGGUCAUGGAGGAGCUGAAAGCCGUGGAGGUGUUCCUAAAAAGCGACAGCCUGUGUCUGAUGGAAGGGCGACGCUUCCGGGCCCAGCCCACCCUGCCCUCAGCCCGCCUCCUGGCCAUGCACAUCCAGCAGCUGGAGACGGGGGGCUUCACCAUGACCAACGGGGCCCACCGGUGGAGCAAGCUCAGGAACAUAGCCAAGGUGGCCAGCCAGGUGCACGCGUUCCAGGAGAACCCCUACACCUUCGCCCCCGACCCCAAGCUGCAGGCCUGCCUCAAGCAGCGCAUCGCGCGGUUCAGCGGGGCCGACGUGUCCAUCCUGGCCGCGGACAGCAGGGCCGGCUACCACCAGGUGGCCAGCGAGAAGCACUCCCGGAAGAUCCAGGACAAGCUGCGGAAGAUGAAGGCCACGUUCCAGUGA